UAGUCCGGUAAAUUGCUUCCCCGAGUUGGCUACUGUGUUAUGUGACUGCCACCGGACGGUCAUCAGUAGGAGGUGCAUGAAAACGUGCCCGGCGACACUCUCUCUCUCUCACACACACACAAACACACACACACACACACAAAUGCUUAACCAUGCAGGCAGCUGAACCCGGACCAUCAGCAUCAGGACUGGAAGCCGCAGCAGAGAUGUAAACAUGGAUUAGAAAAUAAUGUGCCUCGGCUGUCAUCGUCAACAUGUUCCCGGGAGUUUUCUAUGCACUGCUGGCGGGUUUCCUCGGGGCUGUGGCGUCGUCGUCGGCCAAGCUUUCCCUCGGAGCCGACUAUUUGAAGGGAGUCUGUGAAACCGGACUCCGGACGUGGGGAGAGCAGCGGAAAUUUCGACAACCGGACGAAACUACCGCCUGCGACCGGCUCCAUAUCCCUCUGAGGCUGCUGUGUGGCGGACUGCUUUUCACCUGCAAUGCUGUGAUGUGGACCUUUCUUGCCAAAGCACUCAGGUAUUCCUCUUCCUCCACCCGAACCACUGUGACCACCACCGCCUCCAACUUUAUAUCUUCCGCUUUCUUGGGGCAGCUUAUCUUUGGUGAAGCCCAGAUAACGUUGUGGUGGGUUGGGAUCUCCUUGACCUUCUCUGGUCUGUUGGUACUGCAGAGAAUUUCACCGCAGGAUGGACAUCAAAACACAGUCGCAAAGGAUGAAUAAUGUGAUUUUGUCUCCACUAGCCCAGUACAGCCUGGAUCACUACUGCUAGCUGCAGUAAGUGAGGAGGUUUGGCCGGCAUCUCCUUUGAUUUUAACACCCAAAGAAUUGCAAUAAAACUGAUUGUUAUUGCACUGUUCUGGCAGAAAAGGGAAAUUUCUUGUUAUGAAAUUGGUCUUCAGUUGAACUUUUUCUAAACAAAAUGUUUCCUUUUUGACUAAAUUCCUCUUUUAUUGUGUCCUUCCUGAAAAGACAACGUAUCUUAUUAAAUCAGGGACUAUUCGUCUUUCAGGUUUCAGACUUUGGCCAGGCUGGAAAACACUCAGUACGUUUACAUGAUGUUAAAAAUAAGUCAAUUUAUUAUAUCAGUACAACUAAAACUGGAUAUUUAAGAGGCAUGUAAACACAUCAGUCCAACUGACAACGUAUGAAGUCAAACUACUCACCCACUCAGAUAAUGUAGUUGGGAACGGAUUAACUCUUGCAGGUACACACCUCAACUGACCCCAAACUAGCCACUACAUUCUGUGAUUUGUUCACAGCUUCCAAGCCAGACUUUGACCUCCUGAGACCCAAACUUUUAUUUGGAGCGUAGUUUUAUUCUCUUUCACUUAUUUUGGAUAACUGGGGCCUGAUAAGUUUAAAAGCUCAGCCUUGUCUGUGAACAGGAAGUAUUUUUCACCAAAAAAUGAUGUCUGCAUAUGAUGGACCACAAAAACUUGCAAAUGCCAAGUAUGUACUAAAUUUCCCCUUAAAGAUCUGAAGGUUAUGGAAAAUUAUAAAUAAAAUGUUUAGAGAUUUGCAAGACAUAAGAAACAAAUCCUCUAAAAUUUCAAAAACAUUACCAUAAAUGUCUGUGAAAACUCUUAAACAUUUGUUUGAAUUCCAUAAAAAUACCAUAAAAAGUCCUCAAAUAUUCUCCAAACUUUAAAGUGAAACUUAAAUAAGUGAAAAGAUCUAGAUACAUUUUUCAUCAAAAAAUUCUUGAGAAAUCUUGAACAUUUUAAAUUAAAAUUUCUAAUCAAACUCCCCCCAAAAUUACAAAUAAAUUCCCCAAACAUUUCAGGGAAAAUUAUGGAAACUCUCUAAAGAAAUUCCUCCAAACAGCCAAACACAUUCCCCCAAAUUUCCAUAAUAAUUCAGGAAAAUGUCAAAGGAAAUUCACAUCUCUAAUUUUCAAUCAAAUUCCCUUAACAUAUAAGAAGAGAUUUCUAAAAUUUCCAAAUCCCCUUAUAAAAACCUCAAAUGAAACUUUUGAAAAUAUAAAAAAAUUGCCCUAAAAAUCUUUUGAAAAUUCCUAAAAAAUUUCAAAGCAAAUUUCACUAACACUAAAAGCAAAUGACUUGCCUUUCCCUAAACAACUAUCUCAAAAAUUCAGCAGAAUUCACUGCUAUAUUGUAGGAAAGCCAAAAUGCUAUGUCCUAUGCACAUAUAAGGUCUUAGGAGGUUAACAUAGAAAUUCAACCAUAAUAAAUAUGCAAAAGAGUCAGGAAGAAAAUAGGAUGAACAUAUCCAGUCUCUGGUAGUGGCUGAAUACUUAGACAAGGACUGCAGUCCAAACAAAUGGCCUAAAUAAGCAAUAACCAUAGCUUAACUUAAAUGUACAUGUAAACGUACUGACUGCUGGCUCAGCUGUGGCACUACCUUGUUAAAACCUCUUGAAAGGAGAUGCCGGCCUUCACUUCAGAUCGACAAUGCAGCUGCUUUAUCCUGGUUAGUGGAGACUAGAAGAGUUGGAUGCCCUGAAGCUCUUAAAGAUAGUUAUCUUUAACCCACGAGCUUACAACGAAGCAAAAACAACACUAGCUUUACUUUUCUUUUGGGGAGUCAUUCAUUUUAAAUCACAACUCUUGUGCUGAUAGAAAAUUGGGAUGGGUAGGAAAAUAGGUUGAGGAAUAAUGACAUAUUUUGAGUGCUAAAUCUAUUUGCUUAUCAGCUGAGAGGUGGACAUGAAGAUUGAUACCAUUCUCAUGUUUGUGCAGUAGUGUAAACACGAGGCUGAUAGGUUAGCAUGACUAGAUGAGGAGGGAAAUGUUUAGCAUUCCCAAAAUUAGGAGUCAACAAAAACUCCACACUUUUUUUUGACAAAUUACAAAUCAAAAGGCAGAACAUUUUACAUUAAGAUUAGUAGCCUUAUAUGGUUUCCAGUACUUUUUCUAAGCUAAUUACUCUCUUUGUUUGCUAUCUUAUAUCCAUGACUGGUUAGUUUAGCCUAGCCAAAUUAGUGGUGGAAAGAAACAGCCCGCCUCCCUCCAUCCAAAGAAAACAAAAUCUGCCUACAAACAUUUUUGAAUCCAAAUAAACAAAUGAGUUAAAUUUCGUUGCCCACAGCAAAUUAAAAUGUGUCCUGUUUGCACUCUACUAGAUUCAAAGUGUUGCACCAGCUGAAAUAGUUCCAACAUAAGAUUAUGUCACAACUUAAAUCUUUCACAAAGCUGCUAGUAGGGGGGAUAGGAGGAAAACUUGGAGGAUGGGGACGAGCAGAGGGUGUUAAUGGCUAUGUGGUGUCAGCAGUGUGACAAAUAUUUCUCAGAAGUGUACUUUAAUUUUUGUGCUGCUUUUUUUUUCUCAUGGGAAGAGAUAAUUUAUUCAACACAAAUCAGAGUAAUGUUAAAUCAUCUUACAUUUCACUGACAAUAUCAACACUUAUUUAACACCAGCUGUAAACAAAGGAUGUAGGCUUUAGUUUUAUCAUACUGUCAUAUUUAAUCAGCAGACAUGAGAGUGGUAUCACUGUCCUUGUCUAAAUCCCAGCUAAUUAACAAAAAUGCAUUGCUCACAUAUGUUGACCUUUUUCUUUAAUGGGAGAGAGCGAUAAUAUCAUCUUUAAUAAGAGGACCGGUUUGCAUAAUUAUGGGCUGAUACAGAUUGAUUCCCAGUCAGUCUUUAGGGAUUUGUUCAUGAGCGAUGGACAAAUAGCAUCACUGGCUACAUGCAUGAUGCCACCACCAAUCAGCUUAUGCAUUAUGUAUUACAGCCAUCAGAUCACCAAAGGUUUCUUAACUCACAUCUCCUUAAGUUACUAAGACACUCACUGUAAUAACCCUACACUGCAGCUACACUGACUUUGCAUUUAACGCAUGCUCGAGGUAAUGUAAUAAAAGGAGCACUUAGCUAAUGAGGUGCAGUUGUAUUUCACGAGUAAUAAUAAACUUAAUGUAACACUGAAAGGCUCAUCCCUGGUCAGAACUCACUGUCUGCCUAGGUCUUUCUUUUCUUUUUUAUUUGCCUUUCUUGACAGCUUGAGCCUUAACCUCAAUAUACAAGCAUGACAGAUGUUUCCAGCGGCAGCUUGUCUUCCAUUUCAUCAUAUAUACAGUAUGUGCAUGUUCCUGCCAAGGCCUGACUCAGAUAUCUCACACCAAAGCUUCCAACAUUGUCAGUCCACAUCCAAGUGACGUCCUUGCAGAGCUGCAUCAUAUUAUUAGACUCUCUUGGCUCAAGUGGCCAAACUGUCUCUAUGGUGUAAGAGACGUCACUUUGCCUCUUCAUUGCCUGUUUGGCUUUCACCGACCUGCAUUUGCAUCUCAUAUUAUUCUGUUGCAUGUCACGUAUACCAUCGAUCAUCUCUUGGUUUAAUAAACACCUACAUCCAUUAAACAUUUCCUUCCUAAUCCCCUGGUGUAUUCGGUGACAGUGCAAUAACAUCAUACUUCCUCUAAAUUUCAUAACACUGUGAUGUGUGUAACAAUGAGGGAGCUUUGAGCUACAUAAUUGUGAUGGCAGUAUAAGCGACUAGAGGGAUGUUUCUGUAAGCAUUAAGCAGCUAUAUAAGUGUAUGACAUGAAAGGCUGAACAAUACAAGAUCACACUUUGCUGUUUUUGGAUACAUAUCAUAAUAUUAAUGCAUAAUGGUAGCUAUAAUGCCUGUCUUUAAUGUCCAACAGCAGCAAUGCACAAAAAUGUUAGACGUCCUUCUAACGGCUGCUGUGCAGUUUUGUAUCAUGUGAUUUACAUGUAUCCCUAUAAAUGUGAUUGCAGUGACAAUGUAAUUAUAAAGUUCUAAUGUGAAA